GAGAUCGAGGCGGCUUACAACACUAUUAAACGCAUUAAGAUACAGUACAGUACAAUAAAAUAAGUCUAAGGGCACACAACAGUUGAAGGCUAAAAAGUUUGCCGCCACCCCCACCUAGCGGUCCCUAGCGCGAACUACAACAAAGAACCCUGCUCUGGAUAAAGCUGGCAAAAGGGAAGGGAGGCGGCUUCAGACUCUGGAGCGGCGCCUUGUGAUGGCGUCAUCACUACGCCGCUAAGAAAUAGAACCCUGCCGUUGUUUUGGUCAAGAUGUCGGGCGCGCCAACGAGGGUUUGAAAGAGGGAGCGCCCGAGAAGCAUGUACCUUAGCUUGGAAUCCUUCUGGAGGUGAAUGAUUGGCUAGCCUGCGAUGACGUCAGAACAGUCGCCCAUGAAGCCAGCUCUCAACCCCGAGACUUGCCUCCGAGAAGAUGACAGGGAAGUCCCCAAAGACUGCAGCGCCAAGCGUCAACGGACUGGCCCAAAAGUUCCCAUUACCUUGCCUGUCACCCCUUCCCGCUACGAUGGCCCCUUUCCUUUCUACCGGCGACCAGCCGAAAUGGGACACUUUUCCCUCGAUGCCCAGCGCUGUUACCACGGGGAUGCCCGCCAGCUUCGCUAUUAUGUCCCCCCUCCUGCCGAGGGCCCUUCCCCUGGAUUUGACCUCAGGGAUGGCUACCGAGACCGCUAUGUGCGGUAUGAUGAGAAUGUCCGCGAGGGACUGGACCAUCUCCUGAAAUGGAUCGCUCAGAACCGGAAGUUGUUACCGACUGAGGACAAGGGGCGGCCACUGAAUGCAGACUUUGUGACGUGGCGGGGGCACCUCACAAAAGUGUUGACAACACCCUAUGAAACUCAGGAGGGGUGGCUGCUAGCUGUCAGUCUCUUUCGUGGGACCCUAUAUAUCAGUGAGGUGGAGACAGAGGCUGCCCGGAGGCAGCGAGAAGAGCGCUCAGAACUGCUGAAGGAGCUCAUGUACAUGGGGUACAAAUUUGAGCAGUACAUGUGUGCUGAUACUCCAGAUGGGACCCCCGAUCCAACUGGGGUGGUGAACACAAAUGAGGCUUACUGUACAGUGAUUCGAACCCGCUUGGGAACCCACUCGCUUCUCUUCUCUGGGGAGGUGGAUUGCACAGACCCACGGAGCCCAUGGCCAGAGCCACCAAGCUGCUAUGUGGAGCUGAAGACAAGCAAAGUCAUGCACAGUCCUGGCCAGAGGAAGAGUUUCUAUAGGCACAAGAUGAUCAAGUGGUGGGCUCAGUCGUUUCUGCCUGGAGUGUCUCGAAUUGUGGCUGGAUACCGAGGCCCAGAUGGUUCCAUUGUGGGACUGGAGACUUUUGAGACCAUGAAGAUAUUUCAGCUCAUUAGGGAAGACCCAGGCUGCUGGAAGCCAGCGGUGUGCAAAUUCUGUGCAGCAUUUCUAGCUUUUGUGAAGAAAGUGGUGACAGAAGACAAUUCAAGUGAGUUGGUCCACCUCUUCGCUUGGGAGCCUGGGCAUCCGGUUUCCUUCACUGUGCAUCGUGACUCCGAUCACACUUUCCUGCCCGAUUGGUACGUGGAGGCUCUGAGCACUGAGAAGCCCCCAACACCACGGAUCCCAGACUGAACUGAGCCAGGGGGUGGGGGGGACAAGCCGGUUUUGUACCUAGAUGUUGGCAGGCUACAGCAGGUGGUGAGGGAGGUGACACAGGAAGAGGCUGGUAGCUGGUGUUGGAAAGAGUGGGAGAGAUGUACAAGCCCCUUGGCUGCCAUGAGAGAGGAAGGAAGUAAUAAACUAUACUGUAAAUAUGUUGCUUCCUAGCCGUACUUAUGGGAGGUAGUUCCUUUUUCUUUUCAUUAAUGGCUUGCACGGGGGAGAAAAUGGACCCAACUAUGGGGGGGGGGGGACAGUGGGUCCAGCAGGGAACUUUUCAUAAUUGGAUGCAAUACACCAUGAGCAGAACUUGGAAAGGCUACUUCUUUUGACUAUAACCCCCAGAAUCCCCCAACCAGAAGUCCAGUUGGCUUCAAUAGUUGCAGGUGAAGAGUUGUAUUUUCUGUCAUUUCAGGUAGCAAAAUAUCUUGGGAGGUAGCCCUGCCCAGUGAUUGUAGGCCACAGUGGGCAACUUAAAGGGGUUCUGGAAACUAAUCCUGCCUCCACUCCCCAGGACCCACUGUAUAUGACACAAGUAAUUGAAAUGAAAAAGAACAAAAACCACUUCUGGUUUCUCAGCAACAACCACCUUGGGAUGAAAUAAGACACCUUAUGUAAAGAAGAACUGCAGUUUUUGGAAGCUUCCAGGCAAUGUGGGUUUUUUUUCUCCAAUGGGGCAAAAAAACCUAAGGGUGGUGAGUGGUUCUGUAGUUUUUAUAUUAUCUACUUUUGUUUUAGGCAGUACAGCUCCUUCCCUGAGUCGAGAAUCAUGAUUUGAAUUUUGAGGAAGGAAGCCAUGACUACUUACAGCCAGAAAUGCCAAAGCUUAAGGAGGAGGAAGACCAAACCCAAAAUUGGGGAGUGAGAUUUGCAAGAAAUAGCUCAGUGGUAGAGCAACUCCUGGUAGACUAGGGCAGACUUCUGCCUGACAACCUGUAUAACAGGCAUAUAUUGUUGCACUGCAACUCCAAUCAGUCCUAGCCAACCACCACAGCUAGUGGUACCCGAUUUAGUCUGUAGAAUCAGUAUGUAGAGAGAUUUUGUAGCACCUUUGAAACUAACUGAAAGAAAGAAGUUGGCAGUAUGAGCUUUCGUAGACUUGUCUACUUCCUCAGAUGCAUUUGGUCUCUACAUACUACAGCUAGUGGUAAGGGAUCUUGGGAGCUACAGUCCAGUCCAGAGGGUUUCACAGUUCCAUUUAUUCCAAGGCACUAAGGUGAGCAAUCUCUAUCCACUGCCCACUUUCCUCCAGCGGGAUCUGCUGUGGAAUUCACCACCGUGAAAAAACAACCAGAAGCAUCUGGAACUUGUCCACUCUGGCCUAUAUUUACUGGGACCACAGCAGGUCUUGCCUCUCAUUUCUAGAUAUUUUGUUGCCUGAAAUGACAGAAAAUAUGACUUCCACUUCCCUAGUAGCCACUUAUAUUUUGUAAAAGCUCUUUUUUAGGGGUGGGGGUGGGUGGGAGGGGAAGCUUUGGCAAAAGCAAAAUAUGCAACUUGUACCUUGUUUUAAAGAAGACUCCUCACUCCUGGAGAUGCAGAGGGUGCAUCUUUUUCACCAGCGCUACAGAGCAGAAUCAAGUUCCUUCCUUUUCAGUUAAAUCUGUAAAAUUGUUGCUGUGAUCCAAACCAUGACAGCAGAAUAGCAAACCUCUACAAAUCCAUUCAUACUCUUGUUAUCAGGUUAAUAAAAAUGGGCUAAUUGA